CUAGUGUAGUGUACACUUCUGGUCGAGCUUUCAAUCUGAGCUGCAUCCUUCACAUUAAUAUGACGUUUAUUUACAAAUGGAUUUUAGUCUUGCUGACGGUAGAAUAUUCUUCACCAACACACACGAGCGGUUUUUCGAGGACGACAAUGUAGACAUAAGGACGCGAUUGCCAGGCGAGAGAAGGCGCUCCUCGUGCGAUGCUGACCGGAAGUUCACGGUGGAGGAGGCGGUGGAGGUGCUGGGGGUAGGCUGGUUCCAGUUCCGUCUAUGGGCCAUCACGGGGCUUUUUUCUAUGGCGGACGCAUGCGAGAUGAUGUUGCUGGCGGUCCUGUCGCCCGAGCUGCGCUGUCAGUGGGGGCUGUCACAGACGCAUGUGGCGCUCAUCACAACGGUCGUGUUCAUAGGGAUGGGGACAGCGUCGCCGUUCUGGGGAAUACUGGCCGACAGAUAUGGCCGGCGAAAUAAUCUAAUGCUGGCGUCGGUUGUCGUUUGGUACUUCGGUCUGCUGACGUCAUUCAGUCCUUCCUAUUUCUGGCUUCUUCUGCUGCGGGGACUUGUGGGUGCGGGGAUGGCUGGCAUGCCGCAUGGGUACGUGAAUGCCUAUAUGAAUCGCGUGUGCUGGGCCACGGGCACGAUGUUCGAGAUCACCCUAUCUGCCAUCGUGAUCCCGCGGCUUGGCUGGAGGUGGCUCCUCGCCCUGUCCUCUAUCCCCUGUCUCGCCAUUAUCGUCCUCUUCCGGUACCUGCCGAUGUCGGCCCGGUACCUGGUGGGCGCUGGACGCAAGGAGGAGGCGUUCAGGAUACUGCAGUCCAUCGCCAAGAUCAACAAAACGCAACUUCCAGAGGGCGAACUGGUUGAGGAAAUGCAGGACCAAAGAGGGCACCCGAAGCUCCUGUUUUCCCGCUCUUACCUCCGUACGACGCUACAACUGUGGGUCCUGUGGUUCGGGACUGCCCUCACUUAUUAUGGAAUGGUUCUGGCCAGCGCUGAGAUACUUCAACUGCACAACGCCAAGACCGCAGGUGGGCAGACGUGCAAAUGCAGUGGACUGAAAACUGACGACUAUGUCUCCAUGAUCUUCAGUACUCUUGGAGAAUACAUUUCGUUGCCGCUCAACAUGCUCCUCAUCGACGUCAUCGGGCGACGCUACACGGGCGCCGUGAACUUUGUCGGCUGCAGCGUGUUCUUCCUGCUUAUCCAGGUGCACGUGUCCCAGGAGAUGCUCACGUUCUUCAUCUUCAUGGUGCGAGGCUUCUCCACUGGCAUCUUCAACUUCGUCUAUAUCUACACGACGGAAGUUUACCCAACAUCUAUACGAGCGUCUGGCCUAGGUACCUCGUCCACGUGUGCCAGGGUUGGAGCUAUGAUUACUCCAUUUCUUGCCCAGGUGCUCCUGGACGCCUCUCUGUCGGCAGCUGUGUGGGUUUAUGCCUGCAUAUGUUUCGUGUGCGCUGCGGUGGCCGCCUUGUUGCCCAUAGAAACCAAGGGAAGAGCCUUGCCGCAAAUAGUAACAUGAGACAGUUUCAAGUACACAGACUGACGUCAUCGCCCGAUUAAUCGGACAUUUUACAGCACAACAAGACCAAUUCACAGUGUGCAUACAACUUGUUGUUUUUGUUGUUGUAUUCUAUAAAUUCAGUUAAGGCCUUAGAAAGUUCAUAACAGUGACAAUGUCAAAUUUCUGCGCUGCGUCACAAUCGACGCUAGCAUCCAUGACGUCAUCAAUAGCAACUAGUGACCCGAUCUCGUUUCCAAGGGCGGCUUCAAAAAUCACCUGUAAAUACAUGAUAUUGUAAAAGUGUGUAUCCUGAAAAUCUGUUUACUAAUAUGCUCUUCUAUACCGUAUGCAUAACAGUAUUUUCUAUGUAAUUACGUAAAUCAUGCCAGCAAUAAAAGAUUCCAUAUGCCA